UGUUCUUGCUCGGAGAGGUGAUUUCUUUGCCCUUGUUUCGUGCCAUAUAUCAAAGUCAAGGGUGCCGUAUCAGAGAACCGUAUAGGUGUGCCCCAUUCUGUUCGCCUCCUGUCUUCAGCAAGGUGUCUCCGAGUUGUGGUAGCUAGGGCAGGCACGAUGCUCAGACCUGUCGGGGGUGUCCUCCUUCUCGUCAUAGCGACAAUAGGAACAUGGUUGUCGGUUACAGCGCUCGAUUCGUGCGAAGUGUUGACGACACACUUCACAAAGUGGCACACGCUCUGCCUACCGAAGAAUGCGUCUUGCAAGAUUCUGGCCAAGGACGUGGAUGUCAAGUCGAAGCUAUUGAUCCUCGACAUCCACAACAAGCUCCGCAGCACCAUCGCCAACGGAGAGCAAGCAGGACUACCUAGCGCAGCAAACAUGAUGGAGCUGGAAUGGGACGAUGACCUGGCAGCAGUGGCUCAAGCACAUGCCGAGCAAUGUGUUUCCAAGCAUGACUGCGCCGAAUGCCGAGCACUUGUUAAAUACCCGUACGUGGGACAAAAUAUUUACAAGAUCUACAUGUCUGGAUGGAGCCAUGUACCACGUCCAAACUGGCAGCAUGCGAUCAACGCAUGGUACGCCGAAGUCAGCAAAUUCAAGAAUGACUCCAUCGCUCCGUUCAGAUUCACCUACGCAACAGGACAUUUUUCGCAGGUAGCAUGGGCAACGACCAGCAAGGUUGGCUGCGGUUUUGUGUGUUUUGCGGGAGCAAAGCCAGACAGCUACUCAAUUCUGUGCACAUGCAACUAUGCACCAGGCGGGAACUUGGUUGGCGGCAGUAUGUACCUGCAGGGAGAGCCUUGUUCCAAGUGUCCGGAAGGGACAUGCUGCGGGAAAGACUGUGAUGGUGACGCAACUAAUUACGAGGGACUCUGUAGGACGAAGACUGUUCGAAGAGUCGCCAGGCAAGUCACGCCGAAAAGUAAUCCUCUCCUGCAAUGUCGGUUCGAUGACCCUUCUACUCAACCAUGCAGAUGGCGUGACAAUCCACCUCACUCAUUCUACGAAUCAGCUGAUGGAUUCCUGUACACAGCUGCGCGGCCCGGUCAACAGGUUGAAGUCGACUUCGAUCCAGUCGACUACGUACAAGGACUACCUAUUUGCGUAUUGGUAAAAUUCCAAAAGGGCGCCCUCAAUGAAAUGGAUACAGGACACAGUGAGCUGUAUUUGCGUGCCACGUCGUUAAUGGAUCCAAACGACAGUAGGCUAGCACCCAUUCAUUCUGAAACCCAAGCAACGGUGACCAUCUACGAACCACUCAUUGUGCCAUAUCCCACAAAGAUUGGAGUCGUGUUUGUGGUGCCGGGCUUCGCAUCAGAACAAUACCUUAAACUCUACGAGUUUGCAGUCUACGAAGGAGGCUGUGGUGCUAUGACCCAAAAGGUGAAGGAUGCUGCGGGAAACCAAAAGUGGUAGAAGCCAUUCACAUACAUACAGCGAAGCAAUCAAUAAAGUUUUAAAAAGAA